UGGUGUAUAGCAGUUACAAGUAAAAUCAAAUAGAAAUGUUUCUACCAGUAUUUCAGUUUUGAACACCUUGUUUUAUAUAAUAUAAUCGUGUUUUAUAAAUGCAUAGUGUAAAAUAAAGAAAAGUAUUAUUAACGUAUUCUCACAUGUUGAUCUCAUAAUGUUUUCGUGAAGAGACGGUAUGGCCUUUUAAAUUUCCUCGGUAGUAGGCAGUAGUAGGUACAUCCCUCCAUAACAUGACUUUCACUUCGUCAUUUCUUGGAACGCGAGAAGAGAGCUUUUGAGUUUCGUUUCUACCGCUGUUCUAUCAACACCUCUCUGCUGUGAAGUUUGAUUGACGGGGGAUUCUACCAAUUGUGGUGGUCAGUGUGCCCGUCUGCGCCAAUGAACGAACGCGACGGUUUCAAGUUGGGUGGGACUUAAUGAUUUAGUGGGUGGGCAGAAGUGCAACGCGUUGGAAACAUUGAGCACAAUACAGCGGAAAGGCACAGCAGAGGGAGGUUUAUUGAAGAGCCGUCGGUUUCCUGAGAAGUGUUUGUUGCGUGUGUUUAUUUACUCGUCAGCUGAUGUUCAGUUCAGUGCUGUAUUGUUGACUUUACUGUAUGUCUGUAAAGGGCGCUUUGCAAAAUUGAGGUUUGAGGAUUACUUCUUCAAAAGUGCAGACGAUUGUUUCAGAAUGACACAGUGGGAGCGAUUGCAGCAGCUGGAUACAGUGUAUUCACAGAGGGCUUUUGAUCUGUACAACAGAGAUGAGUUCCCAAUGGAAGUGAGACAUUACUUGGCACAUUGGAUCGAGGGCCAGGACUGGGAACGUGCUUCGCGGGACUCCUCCCGAGCCGCGUUCCUGUUUCAGGUGCUUUUGGAGAAUCUGGACAACCAGUUCAGUCGUUUUGCGCAAGAGAAAGAUAGUUUCCUUCUACAGCGUAAUUUCAGACGCUACAAACAAAACUUUCAGAAGUAUCAAGAGGAGCCCUAUACUCUUGCUACUAUUAUCAACUGGUUCCUGGUGAAGGAGAGAGAAAUCUUGAAUGAUGCAGAGCUUGCACAGCAAGUGCAGGCAUUGCAGGUUCAGCCAGCGGCAAUGGAGUUGGAGAGCCAGAGACAAGUAGAAAAGAGUUUGAAAGACCUUAAGACCAAAGUAGAGGUGAUGGAGCACAGCAUAAGGUGUUUGGAGGAGCAGCAGGAUGAGUUUGAUUUUAAAUAUCAGACACACCUAAUGGACUCUUGCACAGAAGAAGAGAAGAAAAUGCAAGUAGAAGGGCUUCAGAAGAUGCUCAAUGCACUCGAUAAAUGCAGAAGGAACUUCCUGUCUGAUAUCUCGGCUAUGUUGGACGCUGCUGAUGUUCUACGCUCAGCACUUAUAGACGAGGAACUGGUGGACUGGAAGUGGAGACAACAGAAGUCCUGCAUUGGUGCUCCUGAUGAUACAAGUCUGGAACACUUAGAGAAAUGGUUCACUCAAAUUAUAGAGUGCAUGUUCCAGCUGCAAAAGUUCUUACAGAAGCUGGAUGAGCUGGUAGGGAAGAUGACCUACGAUAAUGACCCUAUCCUAGUCCGAAAACCCCCUUUAAAGAGUAGAGUGGACACUCUACUGACCCACCUGAUAAAGAGCUCAUUUGUCGUAGAGACUCAGCCAUCCAUGCCACAAGGUCGAGGCCCCCUGGUGCUGCGCACAAAUGUUCAGUUCUCAGUUAAAGUCAGAUUGUUAUAUAAAGUUUCUGAACUGAACCAUGUUAUGAAGGUGACUGUUUCUGUUAACAAUGCUGCUUCACAACUAAAAGGGUUUCGGAAAUUUAAUGUGCUGGGUACCUUAAGUAAAGCUCUUAACAUGGCUGAGAGUAUGAAUGGGGGCAUGGUUGCUGAUUUCAGACAUUUGACUUUGAAAGAUCAGAAAGUUGGUGGUGGAGGAAAAGGAAUCAAUGAUCUCUCAUUGAGUGUGACUGAAGAACUGCACAGAAUAACCUUUCAAACCCAGUUUGACUAUCAAGGCCUGUCUGUCCCUUUGGAGACCUCUUCCCUUCCUGUUGUGGUGGUUUCAAACUCCAGUCAGCAGCAGAGUGCGUGGGCAUCUGUUCUGUGGUUUAACAUGCUCUGUUCAGAUUCCAAGAACGUCAAGUUUUUUGAAACCUCACCUGCAGCCACUUGGCCACAGUUUGGGGAAAUGCUAAGUUGGCAGUUUCUCUCUUGUGGGAAACGUGGUCUAGACAAUGAUCAGUUGGAGACCCUUGCCAUCAAGCUCUUUGGUAAACAACAGAGCUAUGACAGCUGUAAGAUAUCCUGGACCAAGUUCAGUAAGGAGAACCUCCCUGAUACAAACUUCACCCUGUGGGUGUGGCUGGAUGGCAUUCUAACCCUGGUUAAACUCUACCUGUCAGACCUGUGGAGUGAUGGGUCUAUAAUGGGCUUUGUCAGCAAGGGGAAGGAGAGACUUUUAUUAAAGAAGAAGCAGAAUGGCACUUUCCUAUUGCGUUUUAGCGAAAGCAUCAAAGAUGGAGGAAUCACAUUCAGCUGGGUGCAGUACGCUAACGAUGGCACUCCGAGUGUUCAAACAGUGAAACCAUUCACCAGUACUGACCUAAAGCAGAUUGCUUUACCUGAUAUCCUCUGCGACUUUUGGAUCAUGGUAGCAGAAAAUAUUCCAGUUAACCCACUGUGUUACCUUUACCCAAACACACCCAAAGACCAGGCCUUCGGCAAAUACUACAGUGAAAAGACUGGAGAGGAGAAUCCUUACCUGAAGUACCUCAAAACCAAACUGGUUUUUGUCUCUAAAAAGAAUGGCUCUUCUGGCGUCAGAGAGGGGCCAGAAUCUGACCUGUCCACACAGGACAGAGACCCUCCUUCUUUUUCUGACGCGGGUGAUGAUGACUUCUUGCUCCAAAUGGUUGAGAAGUCUCCAAUGCUCUCCAGCUCUACCACUGAUGAUGAUAUGCGUAACAGUAUUUUGGACAGUGAUAGCGAGUGCACUGUUCCAGAUGCAUUUUCUCCAACCGCCCCCCACACUUCACCAUCAUGCCUCCAACACAACUUUUCAGAGAGCCCUCUGGAUAUCUUUGCAGACGCGCACUCUCCAGACAUUGAUGUUAAUGUCACAUUGCAUGAGUUUAUAAACUCUCCAAACAUCCUAAAUGGCAUAAACCUUCGAAUGCUGCCGAAGUCAGAUGACUUUCCCUUUGAUUCUGGUUUGAUUCAAGACCUUGGCUAUCCCAACAUACCGCUGACCCCCUGAAUUUCAUCCAUUUAACAUAAAACCAUGAUCCAUGUGGUUAGCUAAAUCUCAAGCUGUAUAAUGAUUUCCAUAACUCUGAUUUGUUGUAAAUAAGUGUCAAGUAGACAGGCAAAAUACAGCUCAUUAAUUCAUUUUCAGUACUGAUUUCAUUAUUACUUUAUCCAUUUAGUGUUUAUUUCUGAAUGUCUACACAUCCAGUCAUCUGUUACGUAUCUCUAUUCCUUUUUUUAUCAGCGUAAAGCCUUUGAAAAGACUUGGAGGUCAAAAAUAGAACCUUUAGGAUGAGGUCUUGUGACCUCACUAUUCGUAAGCUGCUAGCAAAUAUUUGUCCCUAUAAAAAUAAGCUGGAAAAAAGGGUUUAUUGAAAUUAAUUCAAACAAUAUCAGAGCACUUUUGCAAACGGAAAUUAGUGGAGAUUAUAGAAUAGAGUUAGGAUGACUAUUUAUGUAAAAAA